AUCCACCGGGCGCAUUCGGCGACCGUCCAUCCACGGUCACCGGGCGCAUUCGGCGACACACGUGUGUGCUAUUGGUGCUAUGCAUGCCUGCAAUUUCGCUGAUAUUCAGUUAAAGACCUCGGCACUUGAAGAAAAGUGGUCAGUGUCCCUAUUCCUGUGAGCUUGUGACAUCGAAUAAGAAUGCAGAAAUGCCAGGAACGCAUUUUAGAUGAAUUUGAAACGGUAAAAAAGAGAGAGCAUGAACUCCAAGUCAAAAAAGAAGAGCUGUUGCUUAUGAGAAAAGUGCAUGGUGAAGACAUCAAAGAAAGGGAGAGGAUUAUCACCGCAGCCAGAGAGAAUCAACCUGGUGUACAAGGAAAGAAAAUGUUUGAUGAAGUAUUUAGACUUGUUGAUAGCUGCUAUCAUCUACAGCUCUUGAUUUGUGAACUCGAAGAACAACUUGCAUUUGCAAAAGAUUUGUGUGAAGAAAAGGACAGUAUUUCUUUACUUAAAGGUCUAACUGAAGCCCAAGAUGCUCCUGAAAAUAUGGACCCAUCAAGCAUGCUAUAUGCCUGGUAUCAACAGAUGAAGAAACAUGUUCAGGAUAGGAUUAGCCAACAGUACCACUGUGUGGAUGAAGAUUAUUUCUACAAUGUCAGACUGCCCUCAGACAACCAAGGAAGAGAAGGAAGGUGUGCGCCAACAAGAUUGACCUUUUUGACAAGACACAGCGGCUACUGCCUUCAUCUCACUAUAGAAGAAACUAGGUCCACAGAUGGGAUUCAAUCCACUCCCCACUAUGCUUUCACAUCGGACAUCCACCUUGAAGGGUUAGAGUUGAAAGGUCAAGAGUACCUAGGAAGGGGUCGUACUGCCCAAGAUUUCAUCAUGGAAGUUGUGUGGCCAUUAAUGGAUGAAAAUAUCUCUCUGUGAGAAUGCCUCCACCGUUUGAUGGAAAAUUCAACAAGCGUACUCGACGGUCGUACGAGGGAGCAUUUUAUGAAACGUGUAAUUUUCACUGAAUGCUGUUGAAAGCUACUGCAAAAUCCUUGCUUCUGAUUGGUGGAGAGCAAAUUGGUCAGUGAAAAUCACCAACUAAAAUAUCACUGACAAAACCUGCAGAGGAGUUGGAAGACAGAACUGCGCUUCCAGAGUUCCACCGAGAUGGCCCUUCAAUAAGUAAAGUGAGGGCCAUCUGAUAUGGCCAUAUGAAUAAAGAUAAGAUAUUUGUAUAGCACACUUAUCCACCUUGUCAGGUGCUCAAGGCAUUCCGUUAUUACCUCGGCCAUUGCUCACAGCUUUUUUUUUUUUUUAGGAAUUCAUGCCGGUUCCCAUUUACCCCACCUAGGUUGAGUGCAGCACAUUGUGGAUUAAUUUCAUGCUGAAGGAAAUUGUGCCAUACCCACGAUCCUCUGUUUCAAAGUCCGGAGACUAAUCCAUAAUGCUCCAAACCAACCUGUGUGCUAUCCAUGUCAAGAGGUUUACCAUCAUGCUAAAAGAUAAUUCAUGAAACUCACCCGAGGACUGGCAGCAAACGCAUGGCAGAAGCAAUUUGUUCUCUCUGCAGAUCAGUUGCUAAACAUACUGUUUUUCUAACAUAUCACAAUAUGUUGAGGGAAAUCAUGAUUGAGAUCACAGUCAAGAUGAGGUUGGUAUCUAAGUUUGAACAGAUUUGGUUUAAUUGCGAUAAAAGCCAAGUCUGUGAUGCAUUAGCGGUGUUGCUCAUCCAUUGAUGCAACAAGGACCUAAUCAUCUUGGGUGUUGAUCCUUCAACAUUGGGGGUUCGGUGCCAAAUGCACUAAUCAUUCACCAAAGCGAGAAACAGUUACAAAACACAGUUCCAAAUGUGCGAUGUAUUUACAACGUUUAAAUGCAGAUCACCUCUUGCGGCUACCUCACGUGUGUGUGUGUGUAUGCAAUUCAGCUAGUGGUAAUUCAGCAAGUGUAUUCAGCAAGUGGUUUGAAUGAAAACAAUAAAGAAAAUGAAUACAAGAAUUAAGAUACUGGUACUUAAUUAUAAAAAUUUUAGUAAAUAUAAAAGUAAACAGUUAAUACAAUUUAUAUACAACUCAUAUCAAUGCAUAUAAUAGUUGACUGUUAUCAACACAUUGGAAUAAAAUCCUAAUUAUUCAUAUCUCCGACUUAAUUUGGGAAACAUAUCAUGGUAAAUGUCAAUAACCUGAAGCUGUGGAAUUAUUGUUUAAGUCAAAUAAAAUAACCCAUAAACGCGUAAUAAUAUGAUUAUAACUCACUAACAACGGAGAAGAGUAUUCAAUUAAUACCUAAUACACUAGUUGUGAUAAACUGAUAUAUUACUGCUGAAACAAUUCUUAUAUGUAAAGAUAAUAUGAAAUAACUCACCAACUGUUAGAUCCCUAUUAACAAUAGCUUAAUCAGGAUUGCUCUCUUUAAAAGUCUAACCUCUCCUCUUAAGAGUGACUUCGAACACAAUUAAUAAUGCUCCUGCUUGAACCCAGUAUAAAAAGUGCGCCUUGGAAUAGAAUAUUUCUAGAUAGAUGGCGCUAUAUAAAUGCCUAUUAUUAUUAUUAUUAUUAAAUGCAUCUUCUUUCACACAGAGAAUUAUGGGAAAGUUACACCCUUUGGCCACUGCGCUGGUCAUCGAAUCUGUCACUACCUAAACUUAUUUAUACCCGAUUAGACACUGUUAUAUCCUUCUUAUGAAUAUUCAUGAGUA